GUCCAGCACCUUCGAUAGACGCGCCACAAUUUGUCAGUAUCACGUUGAUCCGUUGUGAGAAAUGAGCAGGGUCCCAAAAGUUUUCGGGAAGACCUAUGCAACUCCGCGAAGACCAUUCGAAAAGGAGCGCUUAGACCAGGAGCUGAAACUUGUCGGUGAAUAUGGGUUGCGCAACAAACGGGAAGUUUGGCGAGUAAAGUUUGUGUUGGCGAAAAUACGCAAGUCAGCUCGUGAAUUGCUUACCCUGGAUGAGAAAGACCCUCGCAGGCUCUUCGGAGGGUCCGCACUGCUUAGGCGUUUAGUACGAGUUGGUGUCUUACCUGAAGAUAGGAUGAAGCUGGAUUUCGUUCUUGGUUUAAAAAUAGAAGAUUUUUUGGAACGAAGACUACAAACUCAGGUUUUCAAAUUAGGCCUGGCAAGAAGUAUCCAUCAUGCACGUGUUCUGAUUCGACAGCGGCAUAUAAGGGUUCGAAAACAAAUGGUCAAUUGUCCCGGAUUUAUGGUUCGCCUAGAUUCUGGAAAGCACAUUGAUUACAGCCCUAAUUCUCCGUAUGGUUGUGGUCGUCCUGGUCGUGUCAAAAGGAAAAAGGAACGCAAAGCUCAAGGUGGUGAUGCCGAGAACGGUAGCGAUGAGGAAUGAGUACUGACGUUCAUUGAAUAAAUGUUUAAAAGGAGUAUGUGCUUUUAUUAAGUAAUUAUAAAUCUUUGAAUACGUGCAAAUUACGUAGAUGAACAAGUUUCUUAGGGUCUUUUUGUUCUGUUUGCUUGACAGUCAAUUCGUCGCAAGCUCAGUAUUCCGUUGAGUACCUGCAACGAGAGACGAAAGUCCUAACCCGUAUUAGAAAUGAUUAUAUACCAUUUAACAGGCUUGCCCUCGACCCAUUCAACUACUUUGUGUCGCCUACUGAACACGUCCGGAAACAAGUGCCCUUAUUUACUGUCAUGACAAUGAAACCACCUAGGGCAUUGGUAGUUAAUUGAUGUUGAUUGCAUUUCAGUUCUUCAGAAAUUCACACGCA